AAAAAAAAAAAAAACCCUUAAACAAUUGCUUUUGACAGAGCAAAUGGAUCUUAAUCUGGAAGCACAAAUGGUGUUAGAUCAAGAGCAUACAAAUAUUCAUGGAUUCUGAUAGAAUUUGGCACACCCAGAUUCCAGUUUUCUCGAUUCCUUCUUGAUUUUCCCUUUGAUUCCUUCUAAAUUCUGAGUUCAUUCAUUCCCCCCUUUCCAUUUUUUUCGCAUCGUCAACUCCAAUCUUUCGAGAUUUGUGCUAUGAAAUUUGGGAAGGAAUUCAAAACCCAUCUGGAGCAGACGCUUCCCGAGUGGAGGGACAAGUUUCUGUGUUACAAACCCCUCAAAAAGCUCAUCAAACACUACCCUAAUCUCCCUUCUACCAUUGAUCCAAUACCCACCAACUAUUCGCUUAAUUUUGUUCUUCCUCCCCUUCAGCAGCCGGUUUCCUUUGACGAUCCCUCCGAUUCUACGUCUUUUGAAUCCGUUCGUGACCGCUGCGAGACGGGUGAGGGUUCUUUGGUUGACCUGCAGGAUUGGUUCCUUAAGAUUCUGAAUGAAGAGCUGGAGAAGUUGAAUGAUUUUUAUGUUGAUAAAGAGGAGGAGUUUGUUAUUCGAUUUCAGGAGCUGAAGCAAAGAAUUGAUCAUGUCAAGGAAAAAAGUAGCAGGGGAGGAGUUUUCACAUCAGAGAGUGAAUUCAGUGAAGAAAUGAUGAACAUUCGUAAGGACUUCGUUGCCAUUCAUGGAGGAAUGGUGCUUCUCAAAAACUAUAGCUCCCUGAAUUUUGCAGGGCUAAUAAAAAUUCUGAAGAAGUACGACAAACGAACGGGCGAGUUGUUGCGUUUGCCUUACAUGCAACUUGUAGUACGCCAACCAUUCUUUACAACAGAACUUCUCACAAGUCUGGUUCAUCAAUGUGAGGCAAAUCUCGAGCUACUCUUCCCAUUGGAAGCAGAAGUCGUUGAAUCUACCCCAGCCAUACAAGUUGAUCAGAACCCGAUACUCGAUAGCUCAAGAACUAUUACUGCCAAGACACCUUCAAAUCUUGGGGAAGAAAGUGAGGAUUUAUAUCGAAGCAUUGUUGCUGCGAUGACAGCCAUUCAAGGCCUACAAAAAGAAAGUUCCACCAACAAUCCAUUGUCAUUUUCUUCUCUCUUUAAGAAUCAGGACGACGAGAGUACCGGUGCUGUGACCGAUGAGAACUCUCCCUCGAACUCAUCGACUUCUUUGCCUAAAGGUAAUGAAGAUGAUGAAUAGUUUUGUUUUUUUCUUUUCAAGAGUUCACCUUUCGACUCCAUACACAAAUCCGACACAAAUCCGACUUGAAUGAGAGAUAUCUAAUUUUGUACAUUCGAUGUAUAGAACCCUUUGUUUCGACUCUUUCGCUCUUCUAAAUAAGUUCUAUGUUCCAUGUUUGCUGUCA